AUGUCUGAUAAACACAACGCCAGCGUCGUCACAGCGACUUCAGGUCACUAUCGCCGAUCCGUAGCCGAAGAACCAGUGACUUCGGUUCUUGCCCCUGGGGAGACGCCUGUGUUCGAUCGCGAGCUUAACAACGAUGAAGAAGUCCUUGCAGCCCUUGGCUACAUACCCGAAUUCAAACGCGAAUUUACUCUAUGGACGACAUUCUGCGUGUCAUUCGCGGUACUAGGUCUCUUACCUAGUUUCGCCAGCACUCUUUACUAUGGCAUGGGCUACUCGGGUACUCCGGGCAUGGUCUGGGGAUGGCUAAUCGCCAUGUCUUUCAUUCAAUGCGUUGCAAUGGGAAUGGCCGAGCUGUGCUCUUCGAUGCCAACCUCGGGUGGUCUAUACUAUGCCUCAGCAGUACUUGCAGGCCCCAAAUAUGGCCCUUUCGCGGCAUGGGUUACUGGGUGGUCAAGCUGGCUGGCACAGAUCACAGGCGCACCUUCCGUCAACUAUGCACUUGCAUCAAUGAUACUUGCCGCAGCCUCAAUGACGACCCCGAGCUACGUUCCCCAGAACUGGCAUGUUUUCCUGUUGACCAUGCUCAUCAUGAUCAUUCACGGAACCAUCUCGAGUAUGCCCACGUUAUGGAUUGCCAGAUUCAAUAGCUAUGGUAGCACCUUUAACAUCUUGGCUUUGUUGGUUGUCAUCGUUGUGAUUCCUGCUUGCAACGACAGGGAAGAGAGAGGCCUAUCAAAGUGGAACUCAUCUUCGGAGGUUUUUGGUCACUUUUAUGAGGGGACCGAGUUUCCUAACGGAAUUGCGAUGCUGAUGUCUUUCAUUGCAGUGAUUUGGACCAUGUCAGGCUACGAUGCACCAUUUCAUCUCGCCGAGGAGUGUUCGAAUGCGAAUAUUGCCAGCCCUAGGGCUAUAGUUUUGACCAGCAGUGUUGGUGGUGUCAUGGGCUGGUUCCUCCAGUUGGUGACUGCUUACGUCGUGGUGGACAUCGACCUUGUGCUAGGUUCGGACCUCGGACAACCUUGGGCAGCACUGCUUCUGCAAUGUCUUAGUCAGAAGGCAGCUCUUGCAUGCCUUAGUCUUACUAUCAUUGCGGGCUUUUCCAUGGGUCAAGGAUGCAUGGUCGCAGCCUCUCGAGUCACAUUUGCCUACGCUCGCGAUGGCUGCUUUCCCUUCUCACGCUUCUGGUCACGUGUCAACAAGCGCACCAAAACGCCAGUGAACGCAGUCUGGCUUAACGUUACUUUAGGCUGCUGCUGUGUUCUACUCAUCUUCGCAGGCGACAUUGCGAUCGGCGCAAUUUUCAGUAUUGGCGCAAUUGGCUCUUUCGUCGCUUUUACAAUCCCGAUCGCGAUCCGUACCUUUGUGGUACGGAAUAACUUUCGUCCUGGUCCCUGGAACUUGGGUAAGUUCAGCCCGAUCAUUGGCACAGCGGCAACAUGCUUCACUACUCUUAUGGUGCCAAUCCUUUGCUUUCCAACUGUGAUUGGGGUUGACUUGGCACCUGAUCUGAUGAACUGGACUUGCCUGGUGUGGGGGGCACCAAUGUUGUUCGCGAUCAUAUGGUUUGUGGUUGAUGCACACAAGUGGUUCAAAGGACCGAAGGUAAACAUCAACCAUAUGAUGAUGGGUCAUGGAGCGAAUGUCAUCGAAGGAAAGCCUGGAGGCUUAGAUGAGAGGAGCGACGACUCCGAGAGUGGACAAGGGCCCGCGAAUGGUGAUAAGAAGGUGGUCUUAGGUGCCUGA